UUUGGUUUUCGAUUCAGCUUUUGUUUCUCAGAAGAAGAAGAAGUUGCCGAAGAAGAAAGACAAGAAAAAGGUUUUUGAACAUUUGAUGGCGAUUCGGUUCUCUCCAAAGCUCCUCCGAAAUCUCCCCUGUUUCAGCAGAUCCUUGAAUUCCUCUUCAUCAUCUCUCUCUGCCGCCACCAUUUCUCCGAUAACAGAGGAGGAAGAGGUGGUUCAUGUGGUGAAACAACCAGAAUUUUCAUCUUCUUCAGCAAAAAAUUCUUCAAUUUUAAAUUUCGACGAUGUGGAGAGGUUGUUCUCGUCGGUCUCAACAGUUAAGUUGAUGAGAUCAUCGCUGAACCUUCACAUGGCGGCGUUUGAUCCGAUGAUGGAUUUUGGGACUUGGCUUAUGAAGUCAAGACUGGUGGAGACUGUAAUCUUUAGAGAGAUCAUCUUGGCGGUUGUAAAACACACGUUUUACGAGCAUUUCUGUGCAGGGGAGAACGUAGAAGAGGCUAGUCGGACGUUGCAGAGGCUUUGGGAUGAUGGACUGCGUGGAAUUUUGGAUUAUGGAUUGGAAGAUGCCGUUGAUAAUGAAUCUUGUGAUCGGAAUUUGCAGGAGUUUCUUAACACAGUUGAGUCCACCAAGUUGCUUCCAUCUUCCUCUGUUAGUUUUGCAUGCGUGAAAAUCACUGCAAUCUGCCCAAUUAAGCUGCUUGAAAGAGUAAGUGAUUUACUCAGAUGGGAACAGAAAGAUCCAUCUCUUCAUCUUCCAUGGAAGACUGAGACAUUUCCAUUGUUAAGUGAAUCUAGCCCUCUCUACCAUACCCUUAAAAGACCAAAUCCAUUGACAGCAGAAGAAGAACAAGAGCUACAAUUAGCUCAACAAAGACUAACGAGUCUCUGCCAGAGAUGCCUUGAAACCAAUCUUCCAUUACUCAUCGACGCAGAAUACACAUCGGUGCAGCCUGCGAUCGACUACUUUACAUACACAGCCGCACUCAAAUUCAACAAAGAUGAAAACCCAAUUGUUUUUGGGACAAUUCAAGCUUAUCUGAAAGAUGCAAAAGAGAGGAUUGUUCAAGCAAUGGAAGCUGCAGAGAAAAAGGGGAUUUCAAUGGGUUUCAAAUUGGUUAGAGGAGCUUAUAUUUCUAGUGAGAGACAAAUAGCUUCUUCACUAGGCUUUGCUUCUCCUAUUCAUGGGAGCAUACAAGAGACACAUGCAUGUUACAAUGACUGCACUUCGUUUAUGCUUGAGAAGGUUGCUAGGGGCUCUGGAGCAGUUGUGAUUGCUACCCAUAACCUUGAAUCAGGGAGGGUGGCAGCAGCAAAGGCACAAUCUUUGGGCAUUGGAAAGGCAAACCAAAAGGUGCAGUUUGCUCAGCUGAAGGGGAUGGCAGAAAGCCUUUCCUUUGGAUUGAGAAAUGCUGGGUUUCAAGUGAGCAAGUACUUGGCAUUUGGUCCUGUGGAGAAAGUCAUUCCUUUCCUUCUUAGGAGAGCUGAAGAAAAUAAAGGUCUUUUGUCUUCUUCAACUUUAGACAGGCAAUUGAUGAGCAUGGAGUUGAAGAGAAGACUAAAAGUGGCAAUCUUGGGAAAGGAUAUGGAGUAAAAUAAU